GGAAAAAAAGAAACGGUCCGCCAAACUUUCGGAAAGUACAGUAACCCUGCUCGCCAAAACUUUUAUACAAGAGAAAGUUAAGCAUUAACUCUUUAGAAAACACGCGCGUUGGUCACGAGGGUCCACAAAAUUGACUUUCAUGGAAUGUUUUUAUUAUUUUUUUUAACCUUUUUUUCCCAUAUCGUGUUUCAGUAAGUCCUAUGCCACACCCUCUGAGUUUUGAUUUCACGUUAUGAAUAACUUGAUGCAUGUGAAUGAGUUUCUUCUAUCUUGGAUUAUAAACUGGAUCUGUAGCUUGGUAAGAUGAAAAACGAUGAAAGCAUGGAUGAUGUGAACAAUGAAGUGCCACAAAAUAAUGUGACACUUUUAGCUUAUCAGAGUUCUAAAACCAAAGAAGCCCCAUUAGCCACAAUGGAAGAUACAUCUCCACAUCCACCAAUUUCUAUAAGUCCGCCCCCAAGAGAUCCAUUACUUGAUGACAGUUCACACGAAGAGACCAAUGAACGGGCUACUUUAAACGCAAAAAGCAAUGAGGAUGAUAUGUUAAAUGUCAAAGAUAGUAUAAGACCAAAGCCCGUAAAAGGGACCACUCGUCUUAUUAGUAGUUUAUAUGCUAAGCUUCUUGUUGCUGCCACGGCAAUCCUAGUCACAACUGAGAUAUUGCCUAACAGUGUAUCACUGUUUGAUUAUCAUGGUUACCUAUUCACAUUCCUACUAGGCGCUGCCAUUUUAAGCAUUCUGUGCAUUUACAUGAGCCUGAUAUUGCAAAAAUGUCCCGGUAUGGAGGAACUUGAAGAAUUGGACGAUUCUGCCCCUGAAAUGGAAUCAAUACUAAAAAGAAAGUCAUAUGCUGUACCGGAUAUCAGUAUAUUUUUCAGAGUUGGUGUUUUGGUAUUUGGUUUGGGAACACUUGUUGCCAUUGGCUUAGAAACAGCCACACUAUUUACUAUGGAAACUCCUUGUGUAGAUCAGUUGAACUUCAUUCAACCAAUCAUUCAUGCUAUCUUCACUUUAAUGCAAAUGCAUUUCUUAUCUCUCAAUUCGCAGAAAGCAAUACAGUAUUUAGGAUGGUGUCGACAUAUAGUUUUGAUGCAAUUAGUUGCAACAAAUAUAGCAAUAUGGUUGCGGUUAAUGGUUUGGGAAACAGCGAAAAGUUGGAUUGAUGAUUCUCAUGUGUCUUUAAAUGCUUCUGAACAAUUCCCUCCAGAUGGAUUUAAUGUAACUGCUCAUGCUUCGUUCUCAGAUGGGCAACAUAAGGUUUACAGUUCACCUAACUGUAUAUGGAUGGAACAUGAAGCAGAAAUAGAAAGUCUUCAGCGUCUUAGACACUGUUAUAUGAAUACAACGAUUGGUAUUAUAUGGGAUAAGGCACAACCGUUUAUCAUCCCAUUCAUUGUACAAUUUUGCUUAGUUGGUGCAACAGUAAAUUACAUUCUCUGGGACAGUUUUAGUCAUAGACGAAAAAGAAUUGUGAGAAAAUCAACUAGUUGGUCUCCAAAACGACUAGACGUGUUAGGUUCAAGGGAAAAACUAACUCGCAAAGUCGAUUUUAAGGGAUCGAGCAAAGGUCUUUUUCUGGGUCUCUUAGUAUUAGCAGUUGGAAUAGUUGUCCUUAUUUUGUUCUUUAUUUUGACAAAUAAUGAGAAUCUCAAGGACGAAACACUUUUUAUAAUGAUAACUGUACAUUGUGCUAUUCUUGGCCUUUCUUUCUUAGGUAUUCUUUUAGGUAUCUGCCGAGUUUCGAAAAUGUGUACAGACUACACCAGGCUUCAGAAUUUGCAUACAGUUCUGCAAAAUCUGGGUGUUUUUGCUGUUUAUGUACACGGUAUUUGCUCUCUUGUUGUUGGAUCAACCCAUUUACAAAAUCCUAGAUAUUUAGUGGUAUUCGUUGAUGGAAUUCUCAUGAUUGUUCAGUCAUUUGCCCAAUCCAUUCUCUUUCAUAGAAUAGGUCAAAAAUGUUGCUCAGCGGAAUGCAAGCACGAAUCAUCUAGACCUGGCCGUCAAGUUGUUACAUUUCUCGCAUUUACUAACCUUGUAUUAUGGGUAAUCGAAUCAUUCACUGAUCAUAACCAUGUAUCCAGUCAGUUACAACUUCAGUUCUUUGGUCUCAUUCCAUGGGGUUUGUUAUCACGCCUUCUCUUGCCAAUCGUCAUGUUCUAUCGAUUUCAUUCUUCGGUUUAUUUGAUGGAAGCCUGGAAAUCUGGCUAUAGUAUGGAAGACUGAACUCGAGCAUUUUAUCUGCAUUUUUUCUCUAUCUGCACAAUUAGGUGGAGUCAAAUCCACCCAAAUGUUUCAAAUAUUUUUAAUAUAAAAAUGAAGUUAUGCCAAAGUCUGACAUCCGUCUUGGAUUUUUAAUGUUUUAGCUGUAAAUGUUCUCCGUAUGUUGUGUAUAAAAAAAGCUUUUAAUAUCUGUUACACACGAAGCAUUCACUUUUACUUUUCAUUCUCAUUGUCAUCGAUUAGUUAUUAUGUAUAUUUUUGUAAAUAUUUCUAUUUUAUAUAAAGUAGAAUAACAGAUUUUUGAUUUUUUUCAUACAGUUUCUUUUACGUCUUCUGCUCUGACUUAGUCUACUUGUGUUAAGACAAAAACUGCCAACGGAGUCUCUUUUCCAUUAUUUAAGUAGUUAAGAUACAUAAUGGAAUUGUUAGUUUGACUCAUCACAUUGCUUCAUCACUCUUAUCAUAUUCAUCAAUUUAAUGAAAUGUUUCUCGAUUAAAGGAUAAUGUGUAUUUAAAUAAGAAAUCUCAUUUAGAAAUUAUGUAGACUAAUGAUGUAAUCGAACUAUUUACUUAUUCUAGUUCACAUUUUAAAUACAAUAAAAAAAUAUCAAUAACACUA